CUCCCCCCCCCUAACCCCUCCGCUCCAUAUCUACCACCACCACUAAGCUCCCCAUAAUAACGCAGUCGAAUGACAACCCCCUUCCAAAACACCUACCACCUCCGCAAAGUCGCCGACGCCUCAUCAAAACCCUGUACGAUAUGCUACAAACACACUCCGCAAGUCCUGAUAACACCGGACCAGAAGGAUUUCUUCUACGUGUGCCUCUCGCACACGCGGGACCGGGGCUUUGCUACCGCGGUUGUGGCAGCGACACAGGAGGAGACGGAGGGGGCGCGGAAGGCGAGGGAGAAGAAGGAGUUAGAAGUGGAGGUUGAGAGGGUUAAGAAGGAGUUUUUGGAGAAGGAGAGCAAGAGGAAGGAGGGGAAGGGGAAGGGGAAGGAUCAAAAGAAGGAAGGGGAGGAAGAGAAAAAGAAGAAGGAAGAGGAGAAGGAGAAGGAGAAGGAGAAGGAGGUGGAGGUGAAGAAGGAGAAGGAGAAAGAAGAGGAAGAGAAGAAGAAAAAGGAUGAGGAACCGAGGAUUUUUACAUUGCAUAAAAUAGUCUUCGAAUCCCGUGUUCGCCGCUAUCGGCAGGUCCAGCUAGCAAAGUUAAACCAAGAUCGAUUACGCAACGGAGCGUUCCCAUCAGUACCGACUGGCUCUCUGUGAUUGUUACUAUUCUUUCUCUCCUUUUGCCAUUUAUGGGUGACAUUAAUGGGUGAGAUAGCGUGACCUUUUUCCCCCUCUCGCUUCUAAUGAUCUACGGGGAAGGCUUGUAGGGAGGUGGUGUUUAUGGAUUAUUUUAUGAUUGGCUACAAUGUGUAGAUUUAGCAUCGCGGGUUAGCGGAUAUCAAUAUGGAGUUUUUCUUAUCCUACGGGACUCAAUGCACGGCUUACAAUGUUCCUCGGAAUUAUUGUUCAACUGAGUGAGUGGCUUAAGUCCUCUCUCCACCCUUCAUGCUGAUAAAGCUACCGCACCCUUGAAUCGAACUCAUUCCUCC